ACAUGGAGCGGUGUGAAGCAGGCCGGGCUCGGACAGCCUAUGAACGCCUCACUGCUGAGGAGAUGGAUGAGCAGAGGCGACAGAAUGUGGCCUAUCAGUACCUGUGCCGGCUGGAGGAAGCCAAGCGCUGGAUGGAGGUGUGCUUGAAGGAGGAGCUUCCUUCCCCGGUAGAGCUGGAGGAGAGCCUCCGGAAUGGAGUGCUACUGGCCAAGCUGGGCCACUGUUUUGCACCCUCUGUAGUCCCCCUGAAGAAGAUCUACGAUGUGGAACAGCUGCGGUACCAGGCGACCGGCUUGCAUUUCCGGCACACAGACAACAUCAACUUUUGGCUUUCUGCGGUGGCCCACAUCGGUCUGCCUUCAAUCUUCCUCCCAGAGACCACGGACAUCUAUGACAAAAAGAAUAUGCCUCGGGUGAUCUAUUGCAUUCACGCCCUCAGCCUCUUCCUCUUCCGACUGGGGUUGGCCCCUCAGAUCCAUGACCUGUAUGGGAAAGUAAAAUUCACAGCUGAGGAACUCAGCAACAUCGCCUCUGAACUGGCCAAAUAUGGCCUCCAGUUACCAGCCUUCAGCAAGAUUGGGGGCAUCCUGGCCAAUGAAUUUUCAGCCGAUGAGGCUGCAGUCCAUGCAGCUAUUCUUGCCAUCAAUGAUGCAGUAGAGCGAGGGGUGGUAGAGGAUACUCUGGUGGCUCUGCAGAAUCCUCACGCCCUUCUGCAGAAUCUUCAGGAACCUCUGGCAGCUGUCUACCAAGAGCUGCUAGCCCUAGCCAAGACGAAGAAGGCUGCCAAUGCCAGGAACCACGAUGAUGGUCAAGAACAGGAUAUCUAUGAGUCCCACCUCACCCAGGCAGAGAUCCAGGGCCACAUCAACCUCGCCAAUGUCCACUGGGCUCUAGAAGUUGUGGAUGAUGCUCUGGAGAGACAGAGUUCCGAGGCCUUGCUUGAGGCCCUUCAGGACCCUGUCCUGGGCCUGCAAGGGGUGAGAAGAAACUUGGCUGACUGGUACCUAGAACAACUGACUUCAGACAGAGAAGAGAAGUCUCAGGAGCUGGGCCUGGUGAGUCUUUUAGAAAAGGCAGAGAUCCAGGCUGGUGUGGCUGCAGCCAAUGAGAAGGAUGAUAAAGAGCAAGCCAUGCUCCAGGCUGUGUGGAGGAUCAACAAAGCCAUCCAGAGGGGAGUGGCCGCUGACACCGUGAAGGAGCUCAUGUGUCCUGAAGCCCGGCUGCCCCAAGUGUACCCGUUCGCUUCUGCUGUGUACCAGCAGGAGCUGGCUGUGCUCCAGAAGCAACAGCACGGGGGGCUGGACCGGGAAGAGCUCUUCGUGGCUGUGGAAAUGCUUUCGGCCGUUGUUCUGAUUAACCGUGCUCUGGAGGCUAGAGAUGCCUGUGCCUUUUGGGAAAAUCUGGCGAACCCUGCUACUGGCCUGGCCCAGGUAGAAGAAGAAAAUGCCCAACGCUACUUUGAUGCCCUGGUGAAGGUGCGGCAGCUUCGAGGAGUGGAUAGAGUCUUCUUGAGCUGGAAUGACCUGCAGGCUGCUGUGAGCCAGGUCAAUGAACAGGUCCAGGAAGAAACAGAUCAGGUCCUCGCCAUCAGCCUCAUCAAUGAGGCUCUGGACCAGGGCUGUCCUGAAAAGACGCUGUCUGCCCUGCUGCUUCCAGCGGCUGGCCUGGAAGAUGUCAGCCUUCACGUUGCACCUCGGUAUCAUCUUCUCCUCGUGGCCGCCAAGAGGCAGAAAGUCCAGGUGAUGGGAGAUCCUGGAGCUGUACUGUGGCUGGAAGAGAUCCGCCAGGGAGUGGCCAGAGCCAAUGAGGACACGAACACAGCACACAGAAGAGCCCUUGGUGUGGCUGCCAUCAAUCAGGCCAUCAAGGAGGGCAAGGCUGCCCAGACAGAGCGGGCGUUGAGGAACCCCCAUGUGGCCCUUCGAGGGAUAGUUCCUGAGUGUGCUAAUAGCUACCAGCAGAUGCUGGAAGGGGCAAUGGCAAAGAAGCGAUGUCCUGGGGACACAGCCUUCUGGGUUCAACAUGACAUGAAGGAUGGCACAGCCUACUACUUCCAUCUGCAGACCUUCCAGGGUACCUGGGAGCACCCUCUCAGCUGCCACCUCAAUACCUCCCAUCUAACCUGGGAGGAGAUUCAGUCAAUCAUCACCAAGGUCACCGCUGCCCAUGAUCGCCAGCUGCUCUGGAAGGCCAAUGUGGGCUUUGUCAUCCGGCUCCAGGCACAUCUCCGUGGCUUCCUUGUUCGCCAGAAGUUUGCUGAGCGUUCCCACUUUCUAAGAACCUUGCUUCCAGCCGUCAUCAAGAUCCAGGCUCAUUGGCGGGGUUAUCGACAACGGAAGACCUACCAGGAGCGGCUGCAUUAUUUUAAAGCAAACCUGGAUGCUAUAAUAAAGAUCCAGGCCUGGGCCCGAAUGUGGGCAGCCCGGAGGCAAUACCUCAGGCGUCUGCGAUACUUCCAGAAGAAUGUUGACGCCGUUGUGAAGAUUCAAGCAUUUUUCCGAGCCAGGAAAGCCCACGGUGACUACAGGAUGUUAGUACACGCACGCCACCCUCCCCUCUCUGUGGUACGCAAAUUCAUUCACCUCCUGAACCAGAGUCAGGAGGACUUCUCAGCUGAAGCGGAGCUGCUAAAGCUCCAGGAAGAAGUGGUCAGGAAGAUCCGGUCUAAUCAGCAGCUGGAGCAGGACCUCAAUCUCAUGGACAUCAAGAUUGGCCUGCUAGUCAAGAAUCGAAUCACCCUGCAGGAGGUAGUCUCUCACUGCAAGAAGCUGACCAAGAAGAAUAAGGAGCAGCUGUCAGACAUGAUGACCCUAGACAAACAGAAGGGACUAAAGUCACUGAGCAAAGAGAAGCGGCAGAAGCUGGAAGCCUACCAACACCUCUUCUACCUGCUGCAGACUCAGCCCAUCUAUUUGGCCAAGCUGAUCUUUCAGAUGCCCCAGAACAAAACCACCAAGUUCAUGGAAGCUGUGAUUUUCAGUCUGUACAACUAUGCCUCCAACCGCCGGGAGGCCUACCUUCUGCUCCAGCUGUUCAAGAAGGCACUCCAGGAGGAGAUCAAGUCAAAGGUGGAACAGCCUCAGGAUGUGGUGACAGGCAACCCAACAGUGGUAAGGCUGGUGGUGAGGUUCUACCGCAAUGGGCGGGGACAGAGCGCUCUGCAGGAGAUCCUCGGCAAGGUCAUCCGGGAUGUGCUGGAAGACCGGUCAGUCAGCAUCCACACAGAUCCUGUCCACAUCUAUAAAAGCUGGAUCAACCAGUUGGAGGCCCAGACAGGACAGCGCAGCUGUCUCCCCUAUGAUGUCACCCCUGAACAGGCUUUGAGCCACUCUGAAGUCCAGAGACGAUUGGACAUCUCCCUGCGCAGUCUCCUUGCCAUGACUGAUAAGUUCUUUGUUGCCAUCAAUUCAUCUGUGGACCACAUUCCGUACGGGAUGCGAUAUAUGGCCAAAGUCCUGAAGACAACCCUGGAGAAGAAGUUCCCCAAUGCCACGGAGAGGGAAGUCUAUAAGGUGGUUGGGAACCUCUUGUACUACCGCUUCCUGAACCCGGCUGUGGUAGCUCCUGACGCCUUCGACAUUGUGGCUAUGGCAGCAGGCAGCACUCUGACCGCCCCACAGCGCCAUGCACUAGGGGCUGUGGCUCAACUCCUACAGCAUGCUGCUGCUGGCAAAGUCUUCUCCGGGGAGAGCCAGCACCUUCAAGUCCUGAAUGGCUACCUCGAGGACAUGCAUCUCAAGUUCAGGAAGUUCAUCUGCAGAGCCUGCCGGGUACCAGAGCCCGAGGAGCGUUUCUCCAUAGAUGAGUACUCAGACAUGGUAGCUGUGGCCAAACCCAUGGUGUACAUCACCGUAGGGGAGCUGAUCAGCACACAUGUGCUCUUGCUGGAACACCAAGACCAACUGGCCCCAGAUCACCAAGACCCCCUACACCAGCUCCUGGAGGACCUCGGGGAGCCACCCACCAUCGCUGACCUCAUUGGUGAGAACAUGGCCACAGAUGGCCGUGUGGACCUGAGCAGGCUUGAAGUGUCCCUGACACUCACCAACAAGUUCGAAGGGCUGGAGGCAGAUGCUGACCACAAUAGCAACCAAAGCCUGCUUCUGAGCACCAAACAGAUGCUAGCCGAUCUCCUCCAGUUCCACCCUGGGGAUUCUCUUGAGGAGAUCCUGUCUUUCUCAGCUCCCAGAGAGCAGGAAGAAGCCCAUCAUCGACUGAUGUGUUGGCGCCAAGCCUGUGACACCCAGAAACCAGAGCCACUUCGACGCCACCACUCACUGAUGGCGCACUCUCUGCUGCCACUGGCAGAGAAGCAGCGGCGUGUCCUGCGGAACCUGCGCCGGCUACAGGGCCUGGGGCUGCUCAGGGCCAGUGACUGCUACCAGGGGCUCGUGGAUGAGCUGGCCAAGGACAUCUGCAACCAGCGAAGGCACCGGCAGCGGCGGCAGGCAGAGAUCCUGAGACUCCGGGCUACCCUGCAGGGCCUAGAUGCCAAAACCACCUUCUAUGAGGAGCAGGGUGACUACUACAGCCAGUACAUCCAGGCCUGCCUUGACCACCUGGCCCCCAAGCCCAGGAGUUCUGGGAAGGGGAAGAAGCCAUCUCUUCACUACACAGCUGCCCAGCUCCUGGAAAAGGGCGUCUUGGUAGAGAUUGAAGAUCUCCCUGUCUCUCACUUCAGAAACGUCAUCUUUGACAUCACUCCUGGAGAUGAGGCGGGAAGGUUUGCUGUCAAUGCCAAGUUCCUAGGUGUGGACAUGGAGCAGUUUCAGCUCCACUACCAGGACCUCUUACAGCUGCAGUAUGAGGGUGUGGCUGUCAUGAAGCUCUUUAACAAGGCCAAAGUGAACGUCAAUCUUCUCAUCUUCCUCCUCAACAAGAAGUUCCUUCGGAAGUGAUGGAGGCAUUGGUGCUGCCAGCCUCCGACCGGCUGCUGUGCUCUUGCCUUAACCUACUGUGCUCCUGAAGACCACAGCUCACCCUCCCACCCAAGAGGAAUUGUCCUACUUGGAUGCAAACACUGGUAUUUCUACCCGGCUAAAGUGGGCCUCGCUUCCAGGUCCAGCUAUGUGGCUUGACCACACAUCUGGCCCUUUGAACCCGGAAGCUGCAUUCACUCCCGGAAAGGCCCAUGGUUUUGUAUCGCUACCGCCUUCCUGUGGUCACUUGCAGCACUGCCCAGCAGCCUGUCUCCACUCCUUUCCACAGACUCCAAAGCCAGGGCCAGGCUGUCUGCCCCACCUCGCCUUCAUAAGCCAGAGACAUUGCUGUCCCCACAGGUCUCUGUGCUAUGCCCCCAACAAACUCUAGCCCCUCAUGGCGUCCCAGCAGUGAUUUGGGUGCAGCAUUUGCUGCUGUCUGUGACAGCUACAUGCACACCUCCGUUGUCCUUCCUCCGUGUCCAGUGUUUCUUGUUCUGGCCACUGGGGUAUUUAUUUUAACCUGAUUGUCAUGGGGCCUUAAUCGUGGUUUUAAAUUCUCACUUUCUGAACUCAAAGAAUGAGUUUUCCCCAUUCAACUAAUGUCCAUUCUAGUUUCCUCUCCUUUAUAGUCUCUUGGGGUUGGAGCAGGGAGGCUCCCUGGCUCCAGCUGAAGAACUCAUUUUCUCAGCUUUUCUACAGGACUAAAAGCAGUCCUGCCGACUUUGUCACCUCAGAGCUGAGUCCCAGGUGGUUCCUGUAGAUCUGCAGGCCUGUCCCGGCCACUCUGUCUACCCCACAUCUUCCAGCUUCCUAUCCUUGCUGCCCUCUAGAUUUUCUAA